AUGAAGAGUUUGUGGCGACCUACGUCCUUGGUCUGCGCGAGACCUCUGGCCAAGCGAUGGCCAGGUGGAAUGGCUGGACCUUCCAGCGGCUGGUUUUGCACGGUCAAUGGAGCGACUCCGUCUUCAUCUUCCCACAGCGCAAGACGGCUGGAGGAGAAGGAGGUCACGGUGCAUUUCUUGGAUCCCAAUGUGGAUGGCCUCCCGAGGUACCCAGCCGACGGCAGCGGCUGCCGUCGGAGGAGCGAAUUCAAGCGGGUGCAGGAGGGUAUACGAGUUGCUUUCAUUUGGAAACGCCCACUGACCUGCCGGAAGGGCAACAAACUACCCUGGCAGUGGGACACCCUGUCCAAAGAUUUCCCAAACCACUAA